AAAAUGAAUCACGUCGAUGUAGAUCAAAUUCUCGAAGACUAUGCAUGGCACCAAUUCCAAGAUGUGCAGUCACUUCGAAAGACUCGAAUCGAUGACUUUCGCGGAAUUGACAGAGAUGACUGCGAGUUUGUGAUCAAUCGCAAGCAUCUCGUCGUUGUCUCAGGAGAUCCACAAUAUUCGCAUUUUCAACCAGCUGGAUCGAAACCGUACACAUUGUUUAAAUCGGUUUACACGAAUAGUACCAAUCGGCCACAAGAGUAUUCCUUCAAGACGGAACGUACAACCGAAUCUCUAUGUUCAGUGGCACGAGAACAAGGAUAUAUGAUCGGAACGGAAGCCGAGUUGACACUCAAAACGCCGUGUGAAAUCGCCGAGCUAAAAGCCGGUUUCAAGCACGAGAUGCACUUCAACAAUCUCAAUGAGAAUUGUCAAACGGAAGUUCUAUCUUGGUCAGUUGACAGUAAUGUCUCUGUUCCACCACAUUAUAUGACUGAAGCAUCGAUUAUUAUUGAAGAAAUGAAUUAUAGAGGAAGUUAUUCAGUUGUUUCAAGUCUUUCUGGAACUGUUGUCGUUUCUAUUCGAAGACGCCGUGACAAUGUGCUCAUAAUGCCAAUUCGUGUCACCAUCGCUGAAGUUUUCCGUGCUCAACUGGAUAGCCCUCAUUGCAAGAAAGAGGUCAAACAAGUCGUGAGCAUCGAUCAACAUCGCGUCGUCCGUCUUGUGAGCAAGGGCUCAUGCCAAUUCCAAUUCGCAAUGAAACAACGAAUCGAUUUGAAAGAGCAACCAAUGAGAGCCAGCGACGAAAUUAUGAUCGACUAAACUAACAGUAAUCACACGAGAUCUCUAUUCAUUCUCCACUUCCUCACCACCAACCCAAUUUUAUUUGCACGUGUUAUUCACAAGAAUGUUCUUUUCUUCACCAUGUUUCUCAUAUUUAUAUGCACUGUUUUCUGUAUUCUGUACUUAAUCUAAUUAAUAAUAAACUCUCGCUCUUUU